AUCAAGGGGGGAAAGCCUGGGUCUUCAUAGAAAAGGAGAGGAGGCAAAGGAAGCCCAAACUGGGGGUUUCUCUUCAAAGCCAGCUGGUCUGGCUUUAUUCUACAGGAAUUUUUUUACCUGUCAGGGUUUGGACAACAAAGCCCUCAGCAGGUGCUGACGGGUACAACUUCCUGGAGAAGCAGAAAGGCGCUGGUGCCAAAGAAGAGUUGCAAACUGUGAAGUAACUUCUAUGAAGAGAUGAAGUGAAGAAUGGAAGGCAAAUGACUGUAUGUGUAUGUGCGUUUCGGCUCCCUUUCUAGCCCUUCAGCCUCUCAGGGCCGAAACCCGCGUAUUCUGGGCGUGAAGGAAAAGCGCGCUGGAAUCGAGUGCUGCAGACAUCCUGGACUGGGGCUUUUACGCAAAGGAAAAUAUCCCGAGGACUAAUCUGAUCGUUCUUCCUUCAUCAGGAACGAAUGCAGGAAUUUGGGAACUGAGCAGUGCAAGUGCUGAAGAAGGAGAUUUGUUUGGAGGAAACAGGAAAGAGAAAGAAAAGGAAGGAAAAAAUACAUAAUUUCAGGGACGAGAGAGAGAAGAAAAACGGGGACUAUGGGGAGAAAAAAGAUUCAGAUUACGAGGAUUAUGGAUGAACGUAACCGACAGGUGACAUUUACAAAGAGGAAAUUUGGGUUGAUGAAGAAGGCGUAUGAGCUGAGCGUGCUGUGUGACUGCGAGAUCGCGCUGAUCAUCUUCAACAGUACCAACAAGCUGUUCCAGUACGCCAGCACGGACAUGGACAAGGUGCUGCUCAAGUACACCGAGUACAACGAGCCGCACGAGAGCCGGACGAACUCAGACAUCGUGGAGACGUUGAGAAAGAAGGGCCUUAAUGGCUGUGACAGCCCAGAUCCUGAUGCAGACGAUUCAGCCUUGAACAAGAAAGAAAACAAAGGCUGUGAAAGCCCCGAUCCUGACUCCUCUUAUGCACUCACCCCACGCACUGAAGAAAAAUACAAAAAAAUUAAUGAAGAAUUUGAUAAUAUGAUCAAGAGCCAUAAAAUUCCUGCUGUUCCACCUCCCAACUUUGAGAUGCCAGUCUCCAUCCCAGUGUCCAGCCACAACAGUUUGGUAUACAGCAACCCCGUCAGCUCACUGGGGAACCCCAACCUUUUGCCACUGGCCCACCCUUCUCUGCAGAGGAAUAGUAUGUCUCCUGGUGUAACACAUCGACCUCCGAGUGCGGGUAACACAGGUGGUCUGAUGGGUGGAGACCUCACGUCCGGUGCAGGCACCAGUGCAGGGAACGGGUAUGGCAAUCCCCGAAACUCACCAGGUCUGCUGGUCUCACCUGGUAACUUGAACAAGAAUAUGCAAGCAAAAUCUCCUCCCCCCAUGAAUUUAGGGAUGAAUAACCGUAAACCAGAUCUCCGAGUUCUUAUUCCACCUGGCAGCAAGAAUACGAUGCCAUCAGUGAAUCAAAGGAUAAAUAACUCCCAGUCUGCUCAGUCAUUGGCUACCCCAGUGGUUUCCGUAGCAACUCCUACUUUACCAGGACAAGGGAUGGGAGGAUAUCCAUCAGCCAUUUCAACAACAUAUGGUAACGAGUACUCUCUGAGUAGCGCAGACCUGUCGUCUCUGUCUGGGUUUAACACCGCCAGCGCUCUUCAUCUUGGCUCAGUAACUGGCUGGCAACAACAACACCUACAUAAUAUGCCGCCAUCCGCCCUCAGUCAACUGGGAGCUUGCACUAGCACUCAUUUAUCUCAGAGUUCAAAUCUCUCCCUGCCUUCUACUCAAAGCCUCAACAUCAAGUCAGAACCUGUUUCUCCUCCUAGAGACCGUACCACCACCCCUUCGAGAUACCCACAACACACGCGCCACGAGGCGGGGAGAUCUCCUGUUGACAGCUUGAGCAGCUGUAGCAGUUCGUACGAUGGCAGCGACCGAGAGGAUCACCGGAACGAAUUCCACUCCCCCAUUGGACUCACCAGACCUUCGCCGGACGAAAGGGAAAGUCCCUCAGUCAAGCGCAUGCGACUCUCUGAAGGAUGGGCAACAUGAUCAGAUUAUUACUUAAUAGUUUUUUUUUUUUCUUGCAGUGUGUGUGUGUGCUAUACCUUAAUGGGGAAGGGGGGUCGAUAUGCAUUAUAUGUGCUGUGUGUGGAAAAAAAAGUCAGGUACUCUGUUUUGUAAAAGUACUUUUAAAUUGCCUCAGUGAUACAGUAUAAAGAUAAACAGAAAUGCUGAGAUAAGCUUAGCACUUGAGUUGUACAACAGAACACUUGUACAAAAUAGAUUUUAAGGCUAACUUCUUUUCACUGUUGUGCUCCUUUGCAAAAUGUAUGUUACAAUAGAUAGUGUCAUGUUGCAGGUUCAACGUUAUUUACAUGUAAAUAGACAAAAGGAAACAUUUGCCAAAAGCGGCAGAUCUUUACUGAAAGAGAGAGCAGCUGUUAUGCAACAUAUAGAAAAGUGUAUAGAUGUUUUGGACAGACCCGGCAAAGGGUGGCCACGGUUAAAUGUUAGGAACACAUCAGGUCACCUAACACCCACCCCGAGAACGCUCACAAACCUGCAGGCACAUCCUUGGUGUAUGGCACUCAUGAGAAAGGAUCGACGACCAUUAAAAGAGGACCAUACCUAUUUUUAAAAAUGUGGAGUUUGAGGGCUAACGUAUUUAAUUAAAUAAAUAAAUAAAUCUGGGUCUGCAUCUCUUAUUAAAUAAAAAUAUAAAAAUAUGUACAUUACAUUUUGCUUAUUUUCAUAUAAAAGGUAAGACAGAGUUUGCAAAGCAUUUGUGGCUUUUUGUAGUUUACUUAAGCCAAAAUGUGUUUUUUUCCCCCUUGAUAGCUUCGCUAAUAUUUUAAACAGUCCUGUAAAAAAACCAAAAAGGACUUUUUGUAUAGAAAGCACUACCCUAAGCCAUGAAGAACUCCAUGCUUUGCUAACCAAGAUAACUGUUUUCUCUUUGUAGAAGUUUUGUUUUUGAAAUGUGUAUUUCUAAUUAUAUAAAAUAUUAAGAAUCUUUUAAAAAAUCUGUGAAAUUAACAUGCUUGUGUAUAGCUUUCUAAUAUAUAUAAUAUUAUGGUAAUAGCAGAAGUUUUGUUAUCUUAAUAGCGGGAGGGGGGUAUAUUUGUGCAGUUGCACAUUUGAGUAACUAUUUUCUUUCUGUUUUCUUUUACUCUGCAUACAUUUUAUAAGUUCAAGGUCAGCUGUCAAAAGGAUAACCUGUGGGAUUAGAACAUAUCACAUUGCAACACCCUAAAUUGUUUUUAAUCCGUUAGCAAUCAAUUGGGUCAACUGACAUCCAUUGUAUAUACUAAUUAGUUUCUUUCAUGCUAUUUUUUUUGUUUCUGUUUUUGCAUUUUUAUCAAAUGCAGGGCCCCUUUCUGAUCUCACCAUUUCACCAAGCAUCUUGGAAUUCAGUAAGUGCAUACCCUAAACUUGCCCAUAUCCUAAAUGAUAUGGUUGGUUUUCAGCCUAGAAUUUGAUAACGCUUUUAAGAAAUAUGCCCAGAAUAGAGAGCUGUGUCGGGGCACAUGUUCCGCCAAUAUAGCCCUAGAAACAAGUGAUAUGGAGUUUACUCUAUGCAUGAGUUAUAAAUUCCCACAGAAGAAAAAUGUGAAAGACUGGGUGCUAGAUAAGAAGGAAGCAGGUAAAGGGAUAGUUGCUUCGUCAUCCGUUUUUAAUUAUUUUACCUGACCCUUAACAAUCUUGUCAGCAAUAUAGGACUGUUGAACAAUCCCGGUGUGUCAGGACCCCCAAAUGUCACUUCUGCAUAAAGCAUGUAUGUCAUCUAUUUUUU